AUGAUUGGUUUAGGUGCAACGGAGGCUGAUGUUGUGUCUGAACCGGACGAUCAUGUGACCAGCAGUGCUGCUCCCCCUGACCAUCCUACUCCCACAGUCCUGGAUGAAACCCAGGCCACUAAGGAGGACCCGGAGCUGCCCAACAUUGUGCCUGAACAGCCGGUUGAACAGAUCCUAGAGUUCAGCAUUGAGCUGGUGGACCCCGGCUACAGGGAGCUGCUGGAUGACCCAGACUCGCCCCAGUACAUCGACCUGUCUCACCACCUGCAAGACCAGCUCACCAGUCCUGUAUUCUACCAAAACACCAGACCCGGAGGGGUGUCAGUGCACUAUUCCUUGGUUUUCGAGACCAAUUCCCUCGACAUCAGUGCAGAUAGUUCUGAGGAGGCUACUGGGACACCAGUCUCUGCUGGAGCUAGCCUGCAGGACGUGGUGGCCAAGGCUCUGAGGGAAGAAGCCUCUUUACCCGUGGAUCUAGACUCACUGAAAUUUCAACCAGAAAAAGUCUCCCUACCAACUAUAGAAACAAUCCCCGUAAGUGUGGGAUCAACAACUGUUGAAUCUAGUGAGCCAGAUUCGCACAACGACCUUGAAAUAUCCACAGCCGAGCCAGAAGCCAACAUAGAAAAACCACGUUUAGAUCUUCCAUUCAGCCCUGUGGAGAAGGAGAAUGCUCUGGUCACCCUUCUGGAUCCCACAGCUGAUCCUGGCAUGGACGAGGAAUCCGUCUCCUCCGACGCAGCCCAGACAAUCAGCACUGCUCCGCCCUCCAUCUCUGAGGACCUCACUGAGGCUGAGGGAGGAGACCUCGCUGAGGGAGGAGACCUCACUGAGGCUGACGGAGGAGACUUUACUGAGGCUGAGGGAGGAGACCUCACUGAGGCUGAGGGAGGAGACCUCACUGGGGCUGACGGAGGAGACCUCACUGAAGCUGAGGGAGGAGACCUCACUGAGGCUGACGGAGGAGACUUUACUGAGGCUGAGGGAGGAGACGGGGAGAGCGAACCAGGACCAACAAGUGAGCCAGAAGAAGAGGUGCCGUUUAUCACGCACAUGAUUGAAACCAUUAAAGAGGGAAUUGGUGAGCUCGUGAGAGACUUCAUCCCAACCCCACCCGCGACCGUUGUUGCUAAACUGGAAACUGAAUCUACGGAUGUCGACCUCUCUCCCAAUUUGAUAUCGGAAGAGGACCUUGCUCCCGUUGUUGACAGUGAGAGUGAUCUCAGUCCGGAGGUCAGUGUGGAGUUUGUGUCCACAGCCACUCAUCAGAUGCUGCUUACCACCAUGACCAUGAGCCCACCUGCUGAAGAGGCUGACGCAACACCUCCUGUGACCACUCUGUCGGCCAUUACAGAUCAGCCACCUACUGAAAUGAUUGGCGACCUUCAAGAAGAAGAAGUUCUUAAUGUAAUUCCUGGUGAAGAUGAGACAGAAUUGGUGUUUCCUAGUCCUGUUGGCAAAGGAGCCUCUGAAGAAGAACCUGGCGUAGAGGCUGAAGCUGACGUUCCUGAGCUUGUUGAAGUAGAAAUAGACCCAGAAGAGGAAGUUGAGGUUGAGGUUAUAGAGCCUGAGGUUGUGGUUAUAGAGCCUGAAGAGGAAGUUGAGGGUAUAGAGCCUGAUGUUGAGGUUAUAGAGCCUGAAGAGGAUGUUGAGGUUAUAGAGCCUGAAGAGGAUGUUGAGGUUAUAGAGCCGGAAGAGGAAGUUGAGGUUAUAGAGACAGAAGUUGAGGUUAUAGAGCCAGAGGUUGAGGUUAUAGAGCCAGAAAUUGAGGUUGUAGAGCCAAAAGUGGAAGUUGAGAUUGAGGUUAUAGAGCCAGAGGUUGAGGUUACAGAGCCAGAAGAGGAACUGGUGGCUGUAGAGCCUGAAGAGGAUGUUGAGAUUAUAGAGCCUGAAGAGGAUGUUGAGGUUAUAGAGCUGGAAGAGGAAGUUGAGGUUAUAGAGCCGGAAGUUGAGGUUAUAGAGCCAGAUGUUGAGGUUACAAAGCCAGAGGUUGAGGUUAUAGAGCCAGAAGAGGAAGUUGAGGUUAUAGAGCCAGAAGAGGAAGUUGAGGUUAUAGAGCCGGAAAUUGAGGUUAUAGAGCCAGAGGUUGAGGUUAUAGAGCCAGAAGAGGAAGUUGAGAUUGAGGUUAUAGAGCCAGAAGAGGAAGUUGAGAUUGAGGUUAUAGAGCCAGAGGUUGAGGUUAUAAAUCUGGAAGAGGAGGUUGAGGUUAUAGAGCCAGGGUUUGAAGUUAUAGAGCCAGAAGAGGAAGUUGUGGUUAUAGAGCCAGAAAUUCAGGUUAUAGAGCCAGAAAUUGAGGUUAAAGAGCCAGAAGAGGAUGUUGUGGUUAUAGAGCCAGAAAUUGAGGUUAUAGAGCCAGAAAUUGAGAUUAUAGAGCCAGAAGAGGAAGUUGAGAUUGAGGUUAUAGAGCCAGAAGUUGAGGCUAUAGAGCCUGAGGUUGAGGUUAUAGAGCCAGAAGAGGAAGUUGAGGUUAUAGAACCUGAUGUUGAGGUUACAGAGCCGGAAGAGGAAGUUGAGGUUAUAGAGCCUGAGGUUGAGGUUUUAGAGCCAGAAGAGGAAGUUGAGGUUAUAAAGCCCGAAGAGCAAGUUGUGAUUGAGGUUAUAGAGCCAGAGGUUGAGGUUAUAGAGCCGGAGGUAGAGGUCCCACAGCCAGAAGAGGAGGUUAAAGUAAAGCCAGAUGAGGGGACAGACGAGACAGUAGCUGAGGUACCUCAGCUAGAGGAUGGAGAGGAGACAUCUGAGCCUGCAGUUAAAAUUCCUAUAACUGAACCAGGAGAAGAAAUUGGGGAGGACAUUUCUGAACCUGAAAUUCCCGAGCCAGAUGUUGAGGAUGAGGUUUCACUGUCACUGGGGGAACCGGAUGUUGAAGUUGCAGAGACUGAAGAUGAAAGUACAGAUGGGGGAGAGGUUAUUGUGCAUGCAGCUGAACCAGAGGCAGAACUAGAAGCAACAGAAGGUGCUCUAGAUGCAAGUGUGGACCUCAAACUUAAGGAGGAUGUUAGUGAGCCCCCAGCCGAAUCUAUUAAAAUCAUUCAACCUAUGGACACAGUUGAGAACGGCCACUUUGGUGAAGACGCUCUUCAGACAAUAGAAGACACAGAGACACAGGAAGCGAGAGGUGAGACGGCCUUCCUUCACCCCGUUGAGGAGGACGACAAUCUACCUGCUUGGCCAGGACAGAGAGAGUCUUUGGAGGAGGGAGAAGUUCAGCCAGAAUAUGUUGGCUAUGAGGAUCUCAGCCCUGUGGGGGACACAGAUGAUGUUGAAGUACCGGAAGAGACAGACACUGGUGACCUUCAGCCUGACGAGCAGCUGACUGCUCCACCAGUAACACAUGCUGCAGAGGUGACAGCGGCUGUAAAUCAGAACACAUCAGAGGACAGCAGUCCCGAAGAGACGGAAGAAAGCGAUUCAUCCACGAGUGAAGAGAUUUCUGUAACAGCUGGUUCUAUGCUAGAUACCAUUCCAACCCCACCAGCAGAUUCUGCCUCUGUACCUGAGAUACCUCCUACAGAGCCAUUCAUAGACAGCGGGCUCUUCGAGGUAGACGAAGGGGAACCAAUCAGCGAGGAUGAAGAGGAACCGCAGCCUGGGGUGGUCGUUAUAGAUGAAGAACUAGAGGAAGUGGAAGAAGAGGAAGAGCAGGGAGAGGCAGGGGUUCAAACUACUGCGCUUCUAGCCCAAGCAGAAUCACCUCUUGCUGAGGUUGUACAAGACCUGGCCGCCGAACUAGACCAAAUGGAUGUGGUGAGCACUGAGACCGUCGACCUGCUGGACUAUGGUAGCGGAAACACGUUUGCUAAUGAAGAGCAUCCUUUCGAGACCACGGCAUCUCCACCUCUGAGGUACCUGACCACACCUUCCAUGACGACCGCGAGUAAGGGCAGGGAGCUAGUGGUCUUCUUCAGUCUGCGGGUCACAAACAUGAGGUUUUCAGAUGACCUGUUCAACAAGACCUCCCCUGAGUACAGGUCUUUGGAGAGCACCUUCAUGGAACUGCUGAUACCAUAUCUUCAGUCAAAUCUGACGGGAUUCAAGAAACUGGAGAUUCUCAACUUCAGGAACGGCAGUGUUGUGGUCAACAGCAAGAUGAAAUUUGCCAAGUCGGUUCCUUACAAUGUCACCCAGGCCGUUCACAACGUUCUGGAAGACUUCUGCAGUGCCGCAGCCAAGCACGUGGACAUUGAAAUUGACAGCGGUUCAUUGGACAUAGAGCCAGCUGACCAAGCAGAUCCCUGUAAGUUUUUGGCUUGCAACGAGGUCUCGCGUUGUGUGGUGAACCGGUGGAGCAAGGAGGCGGAGUGUUUGUGUGACCCUGGCUACAUGACGGUGGACGGACUACCCUGUCAGAGCAUCUGUAUCCUGCAGCCAGACUACUGCCUCAAUGGGGGGGAGUGUGAGAUAGUCCCAGGUCAUGGAGCAGCUUGCAGAUGUCCUGUAGGUAAAUACUGGCACUUAAAGGGAGAGCGCUGCAGCGAAGUGGUGGCCAUGCCUGUAGACCCCCUCCUUUUCAUAGCCUGCCUAAUGGGCCUGCUCAGCUCUGUAUAUGCCCUGAUAGGUCUCAUGAUAUUCAUGCUCAGUCAUUAUAGACGGACCAGAGACACAGUGACUUUGGCAUCCCCUGGAACAGGUUCCCUCCCUGGCCUGACAAGAUAGAUGGUGAAACAACAGUCAACGCAGCUCCAGGACAAGGUAUGACAGUUGCUGGAAGACCACAGGACAAACACAGAAAAGCUUACCUGACCUUACCAGAAGUCCAGUCAUGGAUCAUGUUGAGGGCCGUGUGGAGAAGAGAAAGGCUGUGUGUUCCCAGUGACAGCCAGGUGACAUUCCUCAGCAUGGUCUCUGAGACUCCUGUCUCUGCGGGAACCAGAGCCUGGGUUUAACAAGGAAGGAGCCAAGACGUUUUCUGACAGAACCCUUUCAGACAAACUGUGAACAUUCAUGGCCUGUCAUUUCCAUCUAUAGAUAAAGGACACAAGACUUACAUGAGUUUUGACAGCAUCGAACAAGCUGUUAAAGCUUGUCAGUGCUCACUGGACUGCUAAUUGCUAUUCCUUUGUACAUGUGUGUGGAGAUCUAUUUUUGUGUAGUGGACAGCUUGGAAAACAUGCAUAUAAUUAGAACUUUAGGCAAACUGAAAUGUUUUAUAUUGCAAGAAUGAGUUGGUGGUGGGUGUGUGGUAAACAUCAAGCACAGCCCAUCUGUGUGGGUGAUGCAUAUGGUCAAAUGUCCUGUCUGUAUGCGUGCAGUAAUGGAUCUGAAGUACUGUCAAGCUACUGCGUAUACACCUGAGUUUUCACCAAACAACGGGCUUAUAUGAUGCUAUAGAGAUGUCACCCUGAAAAUUAAGUGUUUUGGUAGGAGAGUUAAGAGGCGGAGAGAAACAUGGAAUGCAUUUAUUUCAUUCGUUAGAUCAGCAUUAGAAAAGUGACAGUGAAAAGGCAGUAUACAAGGAAUGAUUGUAAUUGCGUGUUGAGAUACAGAGCACAGAAAAGCCAGUCAUUUUGUUGUACGGUACAGGUGAUUCCAGGAAAUCCCACAGUAGUACACUUCACUCUGUGUUUUCAAGUGAUACAUAAAUAAAUACUUACAGUAGGUCUUAACUGAAGACUUGCUUCAGACACAGCGGCGUAAGUGGAUAGAUCUCACGCAUUCAAACAACCAAAUCGCCUUUUCGCUUAAGCGUCAAAGGGAAUGAAAAGCUAGGGCACAUCACGACUAUCAGCCUUACCUGAAGACAGUAAUUGUAGUCUUAAAGGAGAUUGUCUCUUAAAAGCGUCGCUGUUUAUGACAAAGGACGUCCCUUCUCCUCUUAGCCGUGUGUGUGACUAGAUUAUUGCUUAACUUUACAGCACGCAAAUAACCGUUUGAAUCCAACAGAGAUUUAUGUGCCCGAACCCUUGGAUGUUGGAGUAGAAAGAUUUAAUUUUUGAAAAUAAAAGUGUACAUUCCAUUAGAAACAUUACACUCUCUUUGUAUCAUACAAUAUAAAAUAUGUACUGUGUGUACCGGUACGUGUCUAAUGAGAGGGUUUCCAUGACAAUAGGCUACCUGUGUACUGAAUGCUGUUAGCUUCAUAGUCUCCCUAUCAGUUUACCAAUCUGUAAUUGGAAACAGCUCAUUUCUGCUCUCACACAUUUGGUCCAACUUAGUAACUCUUGAAUAUCUCAUGGUAUGCAUGAUUCACAUCUAGUAGUUCAACAUUCCAACAAUUAAGUCUGAUUAAUACACGUAAAUGCCAUUUUUGUUUAACAACAUUUGAAACCAAAUGUUGUGUCGAUUAUUCAAAAACAAUAGGCAAAAUUAACUGUGACGACCAAACCCCAAAUGGCAUUCCCAACCGGGUCAUGUACCGGGAACCUGCCGUUCUUUCUACACCUUUUGAAAAAAGGUGAAAAAUCUAAUCACACAUUAGAAAAAUAAGACAAAACCAACAAAUAAUGAAGACUGAAGGAACAAAUCAACUAAAUCAAAUUACAUUCGGUUUGAAAGACGAGGUAAAGAAUUUUACAGUUUUGUCAAAUAUAUCUUAAUUGGAAAUUAAUAAUGCGUGCAGUUACUGAAAAUAAUCAGAGAACGUGUCACGAGAGAGAACAGAGAUCCAAUCUCCUUGUGCAAGUUUUGUCCUGAAAAACUACUAUAUAAACAGCUGAAGUGUGAGUAGAAUUAUCAACAAGCUGUUUAAGCCGGCAGAGACCACAAGAAGACUGUAGUGUAAUCAGAAAAGAAUUAUUAUAAACAUCUAUGAAUUAAUACUCUCAACCUUUUUGGGGAGGCAGCUUUGAAAUAGUUCCUACUUUCCUACUUACCCUAUUUAGUAGUAAGGCCUCAUAGUUUAAAGUUGUAGAAAUAUUAAAGAAAACAA